GUUUAUGUGGAACUGCGAGGUGCUAUCAGUCGUUCAACAGAAAACUGCUCUCGAUCUUAUUUAAGAGAAUCUUAAUCUUGUAUUUAAAUGACUAUUUAACAUUACAAACUUGAAGUUUGCUAUUGCCUAUAAAUUAAUUUAGUUGUAACUUCUUGCAAAUUUAAGCUACUUGUUUGUCGUAAAUGUGGCUGUUAAUAAGGUCAAACAUGAACUUGGAAUAAUUUUCAACACACUCGUAACAGGUUCGCAGAUUUUCUACGCGCUCGAGGGAAGUUGUUCAGGCCAGUAAAUCCCUCAAUUUAAUUAACUUGUCGACUGCUUGCACUAGAGAAUUUAGGAUGACUAAGAUUCCACAGGCCCUGCUGUGAAACUGCUCGGGAGAAUUUACAGUUUCGUACCAGUACACCAACAACCAUUAUCGCGCAGUCAAUUUCGCAGAUCGGUUUCCUGCAGCGUUUAGAAUGUCACAAAGAACUGGUAUGCGGAUUAUGCGGACCUUCUAACCGGUUUUCCAGUUGGUGUCGCCUGGUCGAGCCUGGAAGUCGUGCGGUGUUCUGUGUGUUGAAGGUUGAUCAUAAAUCAGGAAUCUUUUGAAGCAACACAUUUAGACGAAAUAAAUUAACUCAAAGGAUUAGUUUCAAUUGAAGGUAUAUUUAUACGAAUGAAAUCGAUUUGACGACAGUCGAGGAUGCUUGCGAUCUUCUAACGGCGUCCAAUAGAUACAUGAUGCUGGAGGUUAUUCGUGCAUGUUUGAAAUUUCUGCAAUCCAAUUUACAUCCCUCCAGCGUGUGUCAAAUUUACGAGGCGGCAAAACUCAACAACGGACGUAAAAUGAUUGAUCACUGCUUGGGUAUUAUAUGUUCGAUGACACCGGCUGUAUUACAAAGCGAGGGAUUCAAAAAAGCUCAGAUUGGGGCAGCAGGGACUAUGUCUAAGGGCUUGACGACCCCUCCCCCGGCAACUGCGAGUUGUAGGGCUUGCCUAGGAUGCGGUGGGGUUUGGCAGUGGGCUCUGCUAAUCUCCUACAAAAAGCUGCAUGUAUCCGCAAGCAAGUCCUACCAAAGCGAUCGUGUGCCGCUCAAAGUGCACAAGCCCAACGGGAGUGCCGACUCGGCACGUUAGGACCAACGCCAGUGAGGUCCUAACUAUGGCAUACUGGCUACCAUACCAUCCAUGGAUACGAUACGGUAGAUCGGAAUAUAUAGAGAAACCAGGGCUGACAGCUGCGGUAUUCUACUCCUUCAGUAAAGCAGGGUGGAACCGGCUUGAAAUGGCGAGUAGGCUAAUGCCGCAGCUGCCUUCCGUCCCAUAAAACCGUGGCAGGCCUUAUGGCACGCCGUCUCACUUUCAGCCACCCGGUUGGGACGACUGGGUGGAAGUAGGUUCAGAUGCCCUUUUCCUGAUUUGCGCUGAUCCGGCUCUGAGCGUAAAGCCAACCCUCGCAUGGCCUCACUGCACCGCAUAGGUAACCAUGGGAUCAUGAUAGCGACUACUUUCGGCUGGGUUUGACGGCAGCCAUAAGGGGGACCCAUAUAAAAUCAUGAGUUCAACACCAUCAACAUCGGCGUCGAGUGAGGAGGUAAACCCUUUCGCAAGAGGGGGUUUGAGGAGGUCUCCAUCCAGAACGGGUGCGAGAAAGGAGAGCGAAGCAGUAGCUGAGGAGACGAGCGACAGCAAUGUCCACGUCAAACCAGCGAACCAGCCUGAGUCCCAGGAGCGAGCGAAGGAAAUAAUCAAGCCGAGUAUGACAGCGGUCAUAGAACAGCUCGACGCGAUUAUUGAAUUCGCGCAGGAGAAAUCCAACAUCAGCAAGGAGCUGAAGGCGAACUUGCUGAAGCUACGUAAGGCCGUGAACGUAGCUAAAAGGGACCAAGAGGCGUUGAUAGUGCGGCUAGAGGGUGGCGGAAAGUCGGAGAAGUGUUCCCAAACAGAGCCCUUCAUCUUCGAUACCGACAAAAAACAGGAGGCUGUCGACUAUGCGCUCCGGCUCACGAUUGAGCGGAAUAAACAGCGCCGGAAACGCGCCAGGGAUUCUCCAGGCAGUAAACGCCUGACUCCCAAGGCCAAAAGGAGCAAAGACCAUGGCGGAAUUGAUGGGGCGAAGGAACGUGGCGAGGGGCUCAACCCAAACCUCGGCACUCGAACCCCGGAUCCGAGCCAUGUAAGCGAACCCGGCGAGAAUCCAUGGGUGAAGGUCGCGAAGAAGAAAAAGGUCCCAAAAGAGGCCGGGCCCAUUCCCGUGAGGAAGGCUAGGGACAAAGGAGAGGCUUUGUUGGUUAAGGCUGACAAAGAAAAGUACGCCGAUGUGCUCAAGGCCAUGCGGAGCGAGGCAAAGCUAGCCGAGCUUGGCAAAGAGGUUCGCAGCAUCCGUCGUACGAAGACGGGAGAGAUGCUGCUCGAGCUUAAAAAGGGAGCUCAGGGCGGAACGGAGCUUGUUGCGCUUGCCCAACAAGUCCUGGGCGAUACGGCCGAAGUUAGAGCCCUACGUAACGAGGUUGCACUCCAGUGCAAACGGCUGGACGAAAUCGCCACCGCAGAAGAACUUGCCAUGGCCAUCAAGGAGCAAGGAGGUGUGGAUGUCUCACGGGAAUCCAUCCGCAUGAGGAAAGGACCACAGGGCACCCAGAUAGCUACAUUUAAGCUAUCGGCCACGGAUGCCAAUAAGGUCCUCAAAGUGGGCAGGCUAAAGGUCGGAUGGUCGGUAUGCCCAGUGACCGCUUACCAACCGCCGGUGGUCGACAUGUGCUUCAGGUGUUUCGAACCUGGCCACAAGUCGUGGAAUUGCAAAGGCCCAGACCGGAGCAACCUCUGCAAGCGUUGCGGCGGCGAGGGGCACAAGGCGUAUGCAUGCGAAAGAACGCCACGUUGCAUGCUAUGCGCGAGCAAGAAGAAGGCCACAAACCACGUCAUGGGCGGACCUACUUGCUCAACAAGUGGAGGGAGUAAAACAGCAUGCAAGUAGUACAGCUGAACCUUAAUCACUGUGCAGCUGGCCAGCAAUUGCUGCACCAGUCAGUGACGGAAUGGGGCAUUGAUGUCGCGAUUCUUUCGGAUCCCUAUCACACACCGGUAGAUAACGGGAACUGGGUGUCUGACGAAGCCAAGACGGUGGCGAUCUUGACGACUGGUCGAUACCCAGUGCAAGAGGUGGUGAAAACACAAGCGGAGGGAGUAGCCAUAGCUAAGGUAAACGGAGUUUACUAUUGUAGCUGCUACGCACCACCGGUCAAUAGACCAGUUCACUCGGAUGGUCGACAUGUUGACCGCAGACCUGGUGAGUCGGAAGCCGGUGGUGAUAGCCGGAGACUUCAAUGCCUGGGCAACGGCUUGGGGCAGCCGCUUCACCAAUAGGAGAGGACAGACGUUACUGGAGGCCCUCGCCAAGUUGGA